AUGGUGGAUCCAGCCCUUGCACUAGUUGUAGCGGACCACUUCACAUUUUUCGGUCUUGUUGCCACACAUGCAGACACGGAAUUGCAAAGGAUUCUUUUGGAAGGGGCAGAUUCCGGCCGGGUGGUAGGCUGCAUUGCUCAACGCGAGUUGCGUGCCGAAGGAGCACCUUUUAAUACUGAAGCGCGUUACGAUGCUCAUGAAAAAUGCUUUUUUAUACGAGGCACUGGUAAAUUUGCUGUUGUGGCCGCAGAGUUUGCAGACUGGGCAAUUGUGUCUGCAACGUUGACUCUGCAUAAAAGUGACAAUCAGGGGACAUACUUAUUUUUAGUUCCGCUGCGCGAAGGCGGUCGCCUAAGGAAAUGUGUUUCCGUUUCACCAAUCACAUCUGAAAACGACACCUUGAGCAGCUGCGGGGUUUCUUUAAUUCACUUUGAGGAGGUGCGUGUCGAACCCAAUUAUUUACUUCAUCCGUUUACUGUAACGAAGGAUGGUAGGGUAAGUUAUGUAGAAGGAAAACAGACUGAUAUCAGCGUAUUAGAUGUGCUACAAACGCGAACAAGACUUGCAACUGGGGCUAUUUAUGUCGGACUUAUGAAAAAGUUACUCAGUGAUAUGGUGUAUUUUGUGUCACAAAAAGAGGUGGUUGGUCCAGAUUUUCGAAGAAAUUAUCCAUACUUCGGCAUUCAGCAUGUGCAGAGUGCAUUAGUUAGUUUAGUGGCCAAGGCGUACGUGUAUCUGAUAGGAUGGCAGCGGAUGCUUUCAAGUUUCACUGAUAUGUCGUCUAAGCUUCCUCGGUAUGAGGAUCACAUGAAGUUGACCGGCACAGUUCAUUUUCUUCAGGAAAUGCUUACAAAUUUGAAUACAUUUGCGCUUGAGUUUGUGGGUAUACACGCUAUUCUGUCCAGCUCUGUGAUUGAUAGUGCGUCUGCUGUGGUGCAGCUACGCAAGGAGGGACUGGACAAUUCAACCCUCAUUCGUGAAGUUGCCUUCAAAUGUGUUACAAAGAAUAUAGGUACCACGCACUGGGGCUGGUGGCUCACAAGUUUCCUUCAAUCCCUUCCUUCACUUGAUCGCCUUGUGAAGAAUCCAUUUUAUUCUCCUCGAAAUGCGGAGCUAGGUCGACAUUACAUCUUCUUUAGUCAUAAGCACUACGCUACUAAGCAUCGUUUGCGGUGGUCACGUGAACUAGAACGGCGCAGAGGUGGCAGCGAGCAUCAAUGGUAUGAUUGGGUCAUGUUUCAGCAUCGAGAAGUUGUACAUUGCGGAGAAGCUUUUAUGGAAAUGCAUUUCAUGGAUUGGAUAAUGAAUGAAACUCAAAACUGCACCGACCCACGUGGUCGAAAGCUUCUUCGCGACGUAGGAUGGAUCUACGCCCUCACACGACAAAUGGAUCGCCUUGACUUUAUUUUAUCGAAACAAAUGCUGAGCGAAGCCAAGGCCGUUGUGCUGGUUUCUCAUUUAGACAACCUCGUUACGGUAUUGGCACCUCAAUGUGUGAACAUGGUCGAUGCGAUGGGACUUCCAGACCCAUUUCGCGCACCGUAUGGGUUGAGUGAAAUGGAAUCAUACUGGACCAUUCCAGGUACUAAUGCUCACAUUCAGCGUGGCGAUAAGGUUGCUUUGCGUCAGCCGAAAUAUGAGGAAGGUGGCAGUACGAAAGCAGAACAGGAAACAGCCAGAGAAGAAGAGGCGGAGUUUGAUUUGUUUCAUGGCUUAGCAGAUCAUCCUUCCUACUCUAAAAAACGUAACUGA